GCAUUACUGGAAAAUGUUAUAAUGCUACUUGCAUGAGACCAGAGAAAGCCCCGAUGCCAACGAAGUCAGGACAAUUCUGCAGUCCUCCUGAAACAACGUUGCACGAAAAGGAGAAUAUAGCAACCGAGUGCAAGCAGCUUUGUUUUGAAGAAUCACCUUCUAGGCUAACGUAUGUAAGGAAGAUGUAUAACGUGACAAACGGACUGAAAUGCUUGGAUGACAAAAAACGCAAAGUUGGGACGUGCCAAAAUGGGACAUGCAGUGGUGAAUACAAGGAAGAGGAUUGCAAAAGGAAGAUGCUGGCCGUUUAUUCUAGAGCAAACGUUGUUGAAACAUGUACGCUCAAGUGCAAGAACAAGUCAGAUAUUCAAGUAGAAAAUGGAGCAAUGUGCGCGUUACGAACUCCAAGUAUAAGCCGAAUUUUGUCAUGGUUUUGGACGCCAGAAACAUUCGUGGAAGAAAUUGGUAUCUGCCAUAACGGGACUUGCGUUCAUCGAGAAAAAUACGAUGCUGCCAAAGAAGAUCCAACGAAGGGAUGCCAAGGAACAAACAUUGUUAUUAAUGAAAACCUGACAGUAGCGUCGCCGUGCACUGCGUUAUGCAACGACGGCACAACCACGCCCAGAAAGGAGGAACUACUGUGCCUUUAUCAGUUCUAUAGGGAGAAGAAGCAUGAUAUUUACAGCGUUGGGAAAUGUCAUUGUGGAGUCUGCGAGCCUCGAAAUGAUUACUUUGUAGUAAGCAACCGUGGGAACCCAAAUGAUUAUGAAGAACAAGAACAGCCCACAUGCUGACCGGGUUGUUCUAACGUGGUGCCGAAAUGUGGGCUAGAUAGAUUUUUGCUUCAUCUCCACCACAGACAGCGAAGAAAGAAUAAAUCAAAAGGGCCCCAAUAAUUUCUGGGCACCAGCCAGGGGAAGGGGGUACAAAGAGACAAUAAAUGCUCAAAAAGACAAUAAAUAUAACUAAAA